UCAGGGCUGUGUCCUGCUGGAUUUUAGGACAGAGCAUCACAUCCGAGUCACCGUGUCCCCUGUGUGCUGGCUGCCAGGAUGUGGUGCCAGAGGCUGGCGAGGCUGUUCCGGGGGUGCCAUGGCAGCCCUGGACAUCACUGGCCACGGCUACCCCGAGCCCCCAGGCCCAUCGUGGCUACCCCAGCUCGCUGCCACCCCACAGCCCCAGCGUCCCCUCCCUGUGCCUGGCAGCUGCACCAGGACCAUCUCGAGCUGAGGUACGGGAGCACCGUGAUGCGCCUGGAUUUCGUGUGGCUGCGGGACCACUGCCGCUCUGCCUCCUGCUACAACGCCAAGACCAACCAGCGCAGCCUGGACACGGCCAGCGUGGACCUGGACAUCCAGCCCCAGGCUGUGAGGGUGGAUGAGACCACACUCUUCCUCACCUGGCCCGAUGGGCACGUGACUCGCUACGGGCUGGAGUGGCUGGCCAGGAACAGCUACGAGGGCCAGCAGCAGCAGGUGAUGCACCCCCGGAUCCUCUGGAAUGCUGACAUCUACCAGCAAGCCCAGGUCCCCUCCAUCGACUGCCAGCACUUCCUGCAGACACACGAGGGCCUGAAGGAGUUCCUGCAGAACUUCUUGUUGUAUGGGAUUGCUUUUGUGGAGAAUGUCCCUCCCACCAAAGAGGACACGGAAAUCUUGGCAAAGAGGAUCAGCAUAAUCAGGGAGACCAUUUAUGGCAGGAUGUGGUACUUCACCUCUGACUUCUCCCGGGGAGACACAGCCUACACCAAGCUGGCCCUGGACAGGCACACAGACACCACCUACUUCCAGGAGCCCUGUGGCAUCCAGGUGUUCCACUGCCUGAAGCACGAGGGCACAGGUGGGAGGACGCUGCUGGUGGAUGGCUUCCAUGCAGCUGAGCAGGUGAGGCUCCAGGCCCCAGAGCUCUUUGAGCUGCUGGCCAAGGUGCCCCUCAAACACGAGUACGUGGAGAACGUGGGCGACUGCCACAACCACAUGAUCGGAGUGGGGCCCGUGCUCAACGUGUACCCCUGGAACAACGAGCUUUACCUCAUCAGGUACAACAAUUACGACCGUGCAGUCAUUAACACCGUGCCGCACUCCGUGGUGCGCCGCUGGUACCGCGCCCACCGCGCCCUCACCGCCGAGCUGCGCCGGCCCCACAACGAGCUCUGGGUCAAGCUGAAACCGGGCAAGGCGCUGUUUGUGGAUAAUUGGCGUGUCCUGCACGGCCGGGAGGCGUUCACGGGCUACCGGCAGCUCUGUGGCUGUUACCUGACCAGGGACGACGUGCUCAACACGGCCCGCCUGCUGGGGCUGCAGGCCUAGGCCAGCCCUGCACGGGGCCAGCAGCCCCCAGGCCCAGCCUGGGGACAG